AUGAGUGGGCACUAUAUCUGGAGCUGGUAUCACUCCUCUCUGAUCGAAUGUCCGCUCGACUACGCCUUCAUCCUAAUGAUGGAGGUGCCUGAGUUGUGGAUAGGCGUUGUUCCUGGUGAGGGAGAUAUUCAACAGCAUAAUCACCCAGAUGGGGCGGAAAACAGAGUCGUGUCAGCGGGCCAUAGGAGGGGGCUACAGCUGUCGGACCUGUGUUGCCUUGGCGAUGAGGACUCAGCCCAGAGUUUAUGCUCAGCCCUCCAGCAGCAGCAGCAGCACCGGACGACAGAGGGACGGAGUCAUAGCCAAGAGUCAGGAGAGGAGGAGUCACUGGGUGGAAACACCUCCCACCCAGGUGUUCACCUGUCUGGCCCCGCCCUGCUGUGUCAUCUGUAUGGGUGGCUCCGCCCCUCCCUGCUCCAGGUGACCCUGCUGAGGAUGACCUCUGACCUACUGGCCCUCCUGCCCCCUCAGGCCCUCAGGUGUGGUAUUCUCUACUGUGAGAACCAGCCUGUCUUUGAUUGGUCUGGGCUUACCCAUGCCCUGGCACUAUUGGCUACUGUAGUGUGCCACGCCCUGGUCCAGCAGGUGUGUGAGCGUCACAGCAGGAUGACUGAGGUCAGAGUUCAGACAGCACUGACUGGAGCCUUGUAUAAACAGGCCCUGUCCCGGUGCAGUAUUCCUGGGUGUCUACCCUCCCCUGCCCCAUCGUUAACCCCACUCCGGGCUGACGUUGGACGGUUAGCAGAGCUCCCAGUCUCCCUGUCUGCCCUGUGGUCUUCCUGGGUGCAGGGGACAGUGUGUGUGUGUCUGCUGUGGAGAGAGCUGGGUCCCUCUUCUCUGGCGGGACUGGCUGUAUUGUUACUGCUGGUACCGCUCACCUCUGCUGUACAACGCAGGGCAAGACUAUUACAGAGAAGCCAGGAGAGCGUGAGGGGAGAAAGACAGCAGCUCGUGCAGGAGAUGCUGAACGGAAUCAAAACGGUGAAGUUGUUGGUCUUGGAGGCGUGGUUCCAGUGCAGAGUGGGCAUUGCCAGAGAGAAGGAGCUGGAGACGCUGAGGAUUCUGGGAUUCCUGACGGCCUUCUCCCUAUUGGACCGCGUCUGCGUGCCUUUCCUGGUGUGUGUGUCCAGUUUGGGUGUGUAUGUGCUGGUGGAUGAUGGUAACGUUCUGACAGCGUCUCAGGUGUUCACAUGUGUGUGUCUGUUCACACUGCUACGCUCACCUUUUAACCUACUGCCCUCCCUGGCACUGCACCUCACACAGACCUGGCACUCCCUCUGUCAUCUGGACCACUUCCUCUUCUCACAGGAAGUCUCUCACACAGAGAAUGGCACUCUUUCAGAAAAUGGGGUCAAGAAAAGCUGUCUCGAGGAGCACUCAGAUCGGUGCAGUAAUGAGACCUUGAGAGAGACAGAAGCAAACACUGUACAUCUGCCCAAACAUGGUGUGAGCAGUGUGUGUAUUCGGCUGUAUCUGCAUGUGUGUGGCUUGGGCUGGGUGUUGUUGACUGUAUUAUCCCAGGUGUGUGUUUGUGUGGUGGGUGUGUGUCAGACCGGUCUGUUAGCCGUGUGGACCAGACAGGCUAAAGAACUACAGGGGCUGGAGGAGUGGAGAGAACUACGAGACUCACGACUAUCUGUCUACGCUGUACUGGGGCUGCUGCAAGCUCUGUCCGUGUGCUGUGUAGCAUUAGCAGUAACUGGUGGUUCUCUGAAGGCGUCUGCCAGUCUCCACUCUGAGCUGCUCUUUGCUCGGCUCCGCCUUCCUCUCAGAUUCUACCAGAUCACGCCCUCUUCUCUGGUCCUGCGCAGCCUAUCACAGGAGAUGUACGUGAUUGACGAGCUAGUCCCCGCCAACCUCCUCUCCUGGCUCUCCUGUUGGCUGCAGGUGUUUGUGACAGUGCUGCUGAUUGUCUACAUCUCCCCUCUCUUCAUCCUGAUAGUUCCGGUGCUGACUUACCUCUUCCUCACAAUACAGGUACAGGAUGAGGUCACCAGUGGUAGUCAUGACGACCCCUUGACCCGUUGCUAUGGUGCCCUCAACGAGCACCUGGUGUGUCGCUACAACUGCAUUUUAUUGGACAGGUGGGUAUCAGUGUGGUUGGAUGCCUUUGCAGGACUGGUUCUGUUCCUGGUCUCUGUGACUCUACUGGACUCUGAGGUAGACCCCAGUGCUGUAGGACUGGUCCUGACUUACACCCUCAGCCUGAGAGAGGUUCUUCAUCUCCUGGUCCAAGCAAGCUGUGGCGUAGAGAGCAGUGCUGGUGCCAUCCAGAAGAUGGACCAACAUGCACACAUGGAGAGAGAGCCCCCCUGGUCUGUGCCCUGUAGAGCACCCCCUAGCUGGCCAAAGGAGGGAGUGGUGGAGUUCAGGAGCUAUGAGACGGAGCUUAACCCAUCACCCGCUGAACUGUCUUUUUGCACCAGGACCAGAGAGAAGGUUGGUGUGGUGAGCAGAUCGGGAGCAGAGCUGGACGCCAUAACCAGUUCUCUCUUCCGAUUGGUGGAGGGCCGAAGGGGCGUGUUGAUGAUUGACGGGGUGGACAUCUCUAGUGUGGGACUCCAUGACCUUCGCAGCCGGUUGGCGGUCAUAGCUCGGGUUCCAACUCUGUUCUCCUGUUCACUGCGCUCCAACCUGGACCCCUGGGGUUGCCAUGGGGAUGCCCAGGUGUGGCAGGCACUGGAGAGAUGCCACCUGAAGGAAAGGGUCAGCUUGCUGCCAGGACAGCUCCUCUACCCACUACAACACGGAGGGGCCGGGCUCAGCUCCAGUGAGAGGAGGCUGCUGUGUGUGUGUCGUGCCCUGUUGAAGGGCUGUGUUGUCCUGGUAGUGGAGGACCCUGUUCCCCCUGUAGACGUCCACACUGAGAGGCUGCUCCAGAGCAUCAUACACACACACUUCUCCCACUGCACCGGGCUGUAUCUAACACAGAACCCUGGGAACGUCACACACACUGACAGGGUGUUGGUGUUAGAUGGGGGACGUGUGGCUGAAUUUGACUGCGCCUCUGCUCUCCUCCAGAGGGGGGCACUGUUCUCCCAGCUGCUCUCUGAGACACAUAGAAACCAAGACACAGAAGAAGAGUGAAGAAUGAGGGUGGAAGUUGGUAUUAGGAACAGAACUAGGAUAAUUUUACCCAUGAUCAUAAUGAUGCUGGACUAGCUGUUUGAGUUUGCUCAGUUGUUUGAAGCAUGGGGUUUCAACACCAGAGUAAUAACACCAGAGUAAUAACACCAGAGUUGUGGGUUUCAACACCAGAGUAAUAACACCAGAGUUGUGGGUUUCAACACCAGAGUAAUAACACCAGAAUAAUAACACCAGAGUUGUGGGUUUCAACACCAGAAUAAUAACACCAGAGU